AAAGAAGUGAAAAUAUAUUGAAUCCAAUUUAGAAAGAAAAGCAACAAGUAGGGGACCAAAAACAUUUAAAAGAAAAGGAGAGAAUAUUGGAGUCCCGACAGGCAGCAGAGGCAGAACUCAACUCAUUCAAAGCUCUACUACAAUGGCACAAGACACAAACUCAGUUGAUGUCAUUUUAGACUUUCUCAGGAGAAAUCAAUUCACUUCUGUUGAAGCAGCAUUACGAACUGACCUCAAUAAUCAUAAUAAUCACAAAAAGGAAGUGAAAUCAAGUCAGAUUAUUAAAACACCUAUACAACAACAUCACAAGGAAGUGGAAGACUUUCCACCACUUCAACUCCCUUUGCCUCCUCCUCCUCUUCCUAUUCAACUACAAUUUCAAUCUUCAGGUAUGAAGGGGGCUGCAGUGGGCAGUUGGUUAUCCAUAAGUCAGGGGAUAUCAGAGGAUACGUCCGAUCUUAUAUCAGGUUUUGCAACAGUUGGUGAUGGGUUGAAUGAAUUUGUUGACCAUCCUAACGAGUACUGGGACUCUGAUGAAUAUAAUGAUGAUGAUGAUGUUGGGUACAUGAGACAGCCUAUUGAGGACGAGGCCUGGUUUUUGGCACAUGAAAUUGAUUACCCUAGUGACAAUGAAAAGGGGACUGCUCAUGGAAGUGUUCUAGAUCCUCGGGAAAGAUGUCCGGCCAAAGACGAGGACGAUGAUCAAUCUUUGGUUGAGGAGGAUUCUUACUUCUCUGGGGAGCAAUAUCUUCAGACAAAUAAUGUUGAACCAGUCACAGCUUCUGAUGAUCCUAUUGGCCUAAGAAUUACUGAAAUGUAUGGAAGGACUAAUGGUAAUUAUUUAAUGGCUCAAUAUGAUGGACAAUUGAUGGAUGAAGAAGAAUUAAACCUGAUGUGUGCAGAACCUAUCUGGAAAGGCUUUGUCCCUCCAACAAAUGAGCUCAUCAUGCUAGGAGAAGGGAAUAUAUUGAAUGAUAGCUUAAGGUCACAAUUAGAGGAUAUUUAUAUGGACGAUGAUCAACAUGGUUCAGUUAGGUCAAUUGGGGUGGGGGUCAAAAGUGAUGCUGUAGAUAUUGGUAGGGAAGUUCGUGAAGAUUUGGCUGGUGGUAGUAGUGAAGGGGGUUUAGAAUAUUUUCAUGAUCAUGAUGUUAGGCUUGGUGGUUUUAGACACUCUAAUCAUGAUUUGGAUAAGAGAAAGAAAAAGGGAAAUGACAAGAGCGUGUCAAAUAAAUAUGUCAUAGGGGGUGAUAAAGAUGCACAGUUCCAGGUGAAAACACAAAGUGAACAGAAAUUUGUAUUUCCUCUAUCUUUGAAGGAUGGCCAGAUGAUUCAGCCUACCUCCGACAAGGCCCUGGGGUCAAAUAACUGCAUUGCAGAUGAAACUGAUAACUAUCUUAAUGCAUUUUUGGAAUCUGAUGACACUCUUCCUUCGUGGAGGCGGAAGAGUACGGAUUCUUUACCCGUUAAAAGUUCCAGGGAUGCAAAUAAUGCCAAUGCAAUAAGAUCAACAAACUCUUCUCCAACAUCAGUCUCAAAUUAUGGAUAUUCUAAAAGAGAUCGUGUCAAGCUAGAAGAGGAUGAAAAAGUUGGAGUUGUAAGGGAAGAUGGUCUAGGAACUCUAGAGGAUGAAGAGGCAGCUGCUGUGCAGGAGCAAGUAAGGAAAAUAAAUGCCCAGGAGGAGGAAUUUGAAACCUUUGAUUUGAAGAUUGUGCACAGGAAAAACAGAACUGGCUUUGAGGAGGACAAGAAUUUCCACGCUGCUUUAAAUUCGAUAAUAGCCGGAAGGUAUCAUGUCACAGAGCAUCUGGGAUCUGCUGCUUUUAGCAAAGCUAUACAGGCUCAUGACAUGUAUACUGGCAUGGAUGUUUGUGUUAAAAUUAUAAAGAAUAACAAAGACUUCUUUGAUCAAAGUCUUGAUGAGAUCAAGCUUCUCAAGUACAUCAAUAAGCACGACCCAGCUGACAAGUAUCACCUUCUUCGAUUAUAUGAUUAUUUCUAUUAUCGAGAACAUUUGUUAAUAGUAUGUGAACUACUUAAAGCAAACUUGUAUGAGUUUCAUAAAUUUAAUAGAGAAUCAGGGGGUGAAGUUUACUUUACGAUGCCGAGAUUGCAGUCAAUCACCAUUCAGUGUUUGGAAGCACUUCAAUUUUUGCAUAGCCUUGGACUGGUACAUUGUGACUUGAAGCCAGAGAAUAUAUUGGUUAAAAGUUAUAGCAGAUGUGAGGUGAAGGUCAUUGAUCUUGGAAGUAGUUGUUUUGAGACAGAUCACCUUUCCUCAUAUGUUCAGUCAAGGUCCUAUCGUGCUCCUGAAGUUAUUUUGGGACUUCCAUAUGACAAGAAGAUUGAUAUCUGGUCACUUGGCUGCAUCUUGGCAGAGCUUUGUACUGGCAAUGUUCUCUUCCAAAGCGAUUCACCGGCAACACUACUUGCUCGUGUGAUCGGGAUAAUUGAUCCAAUAGAUCAAAGUAUGCUUGCAAAAGGAUGUGAUACAUACAAGUACUUCACAAAAAAUCAUAUGCUUUAUGAACGGAAUCAGGAAAGCAAUAGGUUAGAAUACUUGAUUCCGAAAAAGACAUCGCUGAGACAUAGAUUACCUAUGGGAGACGAAGGGUUUGUUGAGUUUGUUGCUCAUUUGCUUGAGAUCAACCCAAAGAAGAGGCCGUCUGCUUCCGAGGCUCUGAAGCACCCUUGGUUGUCUUACCCUUACGAACCUAUAUCAUCUUGAAACUUAUUUUGGGAGAUGUUAAAAUCUUGUUGUACAUGUUGUAUUGUUGUGUAAUGAUUCUUUUAUACUACUUAGUAGUAACAUUUUUGUUGAGUGUCCAAUUUUGCACCAUUAUUGGGAGCACCAAUCAAGAAAAGAAAAUCAAAGCUGGUGAUAAUGUAUGGAACAUGAGACCCAGAUUGCAUAUACUUGUGUUUGGAGCAAACUAACUGGAUCUUGUUAGUGCAAAGAAGAGCAUUGUUUGAUUUUAUGAAUUGCAUUACAGAUUUGCUUGCAAA